CAUUGUGGAACCAACAAAUCUCCAAACUCUCCCAAGAACCGAGAGAUCUUUUGAUUUGACCAUGAUGAGGGCCCUCAUUUCCAUGCUCAUCGUCGCCGCCGCAGUUGUGGGGCUGUGCUCUGUCGCUCCCGCUGCAUCAGCGCGCGAGGCGCCCCUGCCGGAGAACGUCGGCAGGUGGACGCCGAUCACGGACGUGAACGACCCCGAAAUCCAAGAGAUCGGCCGAUGGGCGGUUUCGGAGCACGACGCGGCGGCCAGCGAUAGUCUGGUCUUCAGCAAGGUGGUGCGCGGCGAGGAGCAGGUCGUCGCCGGGACGAACUACAAGCUGGUCAUUGAAGCGACCAAGGGCGCCGGCGGGAAGAUCGCGACGUACGGGGCGGUGGUGUACGAGAAGGUUGACAAUACGCGGCAGCUACUAUCGUUUGCGCCGGAGAACUGAUCUGUAGGACGUCGCCGGACGACGGUUCUAGGAUUCAGAUUUCAGAUUGGAUUAGAGUUCUGCAAUUACGGUGGUGUAUGUAAUAAGAAACGACAUGCUGGAUUGCUCUUGUCAUACCAUCGGAUUAUAAUAAGUAAGCUUCCAUCAAA